CGGAGCCAACGCCCACACCCAAGGUCCCGCUCAACAAGGUUAUCCAGGCAUGGAUGAGGAGGACAUUCCGAGCGAUCUGCUACCGCCCGGGCUACUACGGCACGCCCCUUGAAGACAAGUAUAAUGAGGAUAAUAAGAAAAGCUCAACAAGACACCGCCUCUCCCGAUUGUAUGCCCGCGGCCUUAGUUAAUGAGAGAAGACAUGGGAGCCUACUUAAAGGAAAUUGGACUUUCAUGAUAGAGCAAAAUGAAUAUGACAUCCGUCUAGACCGAGUUCUUUAUCACUGAUUGGUCAUAAGAACAAUAACGCCCUAAGAUAUAAUCAUAGAAACAAGGUAAAACUUGAAAACUCUCAGAUCAAAGAAAAUAGCGAGAUAAAUCCGCUGCGGUUAGCACGCAUGCUCGGUUACCCAGCGGUCUUUGCGGCCGCUCCCAAAAGUUCUCCUCUAUCUCUACUAUUGUCGUCGGGGAAUUACAGCGGAUGGGUAAUCAAGAAAAGGCAAAAAUAUAUAACUAAUAAAGACAAGUCAAAACGGUUGGGCUUGUACUCGGUUGGACUCGACGUAUAGCAGUUGUAGAUCGAAGGAAUUGGCUGAAGUUUGUUAAUCAAGCAAGUAGCUUAAUGAACUCAGAUUUAUUCGCAAAAGAUGUAAAGUUGUUUUAAACAUUAUGUAGGAUAGAAGUGAGCCAGACAACCAUUAACAAUUUCAAUCAAAUUUUCGAGUCAGAAUCAACAUAAUUAACACCACGUGAUUACCCGACUUAUAUGGUUGUCAUGGCGACAACAAGUGUCGAAUAUUUAUACCAACCAAUAAACACUCGUUAAGCACAAGUGUCAAUGUCUAAAUUUUAAUUCUCUACAUUAUGAAGAGAUUUCCCUAGGCGCCUAAACAAUCUGGUUGGCAUAAGACUUUCUCUAUAAAGGUGGGGAAGACGCGCUUUGAUAUUGUUACAGAGACUGUUUUCUGACACAAGAGAUUAAUAAUUGAAAGCUACCAUGACUCAGACGACAUAAUCAGCACGAAUGGGAGAAAACAACGGACAGAUGUACAUGAAGACAUCAAAAUAUGAUAUCUGCGUACAAGCCUAAACCAGGCGCAAUUCUAAAGAAAAUGGCGCCGAAAAAGCGAAAGUCUAAACAAACCUGUUAACUAUAUCACAAACUCGACAUGAUAAGAAACCCCAAGUGCAUAUUUACUGAGAAAGUAACGCAUGCUCUCAACAAUGAUCAGUCGUUCUUGGUCAUCGCAGGGAAGUUUGGGAAGACACAGGUAUACCGGUUCAACCGGUCCAAGUCACUGUACCUGUUUGGACCUGAGAAUCCCAUCAGGCAGUUCAGCCUCAAGCUCAUCACAAACCAGUAUUUUGAGAUGUUUGUUCUACUCACCAUCCUGGUCAACUGUGUCUUCCUCGCCAUGACAAAUCCACCAGAACAACCAGAAUAUGUAUUCGCCGCUAUUUAUACCAUAGAAAUGUUUUGUAAAAUAAUUGCGAAGGGCUUCGCGCUUCACAGAUACGCCUAUCUUAGAGACAAGUGGAACUGGUUAGAUUUUAUCGUAGUCAUUUUAGGAUACGUGACGAUAUCACCCGAUGUAGCAAAUCUAUCGGGUAUUCGCACGUUCCGCGUGUUUCGCGCGUUACGUACGAUAUCUGCGGUAAAGGGCCUAAAGGCGAUGGUGAACACGCUGCUCGUAUCCAUGAAGAUGCUGUGGGAUGUCAUGGUGCUGACUCUUUUCUUCAUCUGCAUCUUCGCGCUAAUCGGCAUGCAGCUCUUCAUUGGAGAGCUACGAAAUAAGUGCGCACUUCCGGUUCCUGAGAAUCUGUCUGUGCCUUAUAGGACAUACGCUAGCAAUAGUUCAAUCUGGUACCUUGAGGACAAUGAGCCGAUACUUUGCGGUAACACAACAGGAUCAAGGACAUGCCCAACAAACUAUACAUGCCUUCCACAUGCGGGCGGCAACCCAAACUUCGGCUACACAAGCUUUGAUCAUUUCGGCUGGGCGCUGCUCACAGGCUUCCAGCUUAUCACUCUAGACUUCUGGGAAAACGUCUACAACAACGUCAUCUACACCAUGGGGCCCUGGUACGUGGUAUACUUUGCCGUUGUCAUAUUUUUUGGCCCGUUCUUCCUGGUAAACCUAGUAUUAGCAGUCGUCGCUGCAUCCUACGAGAACGAAGUAAAAGCGAGCAAAAUGGAGACGGAAGAAGAGCGCAAAGAACAGAAACGAGUAGCAUCAAGUUACUCGGUCCGCCGCGCGAGUAUACUUAGUAUAGUGUAUGGACAGGGUGAUGUGAUACCCGAUGAGCCCAACAGUAAAGGCUUGUAUGACAUUCCAGUGGUAACGUGCAGUGAAGUUACCAAGUCAGAUGAGGAAGCACUGAGUGUGUUUCAGAUCCGACAGGAAUCUGGCAUUCAAAAUCAGAAUCUAACAUUGCAUCAGAAUUGGAUCGGUUCGCGACAACCCUCGUCUGUGACGUUACCAAGCUUAAAGCCCGAGCAUGCCCUACAUAUGAACGGCAGCCAAAGAUCGAACUUAAAUCAUACAUCAGAUAUAAUCGGCAGUCAAAAGUCGAACUUGAAUAACGCGUCGCAAAUAAUCAGCAGUCACAAGUCGAGUUUAAAUCUGUCAGUGAAGAAGGAGGAGAAAAAGCGCUCGUCGAUUAUGGCAAGACGAUGGAAAAGGUUCCGCAGGAGACUGCUAAAGUUCACAAAUGGCAAAGUGAUGGAAAUAUUUAUUAUUGUGUGUAUAUUACUGAACACUCUCGUUAUGAGUAUAGAGCAUCCCCGUCUAGAGGACCCUCUGCUAACAGUCGUCAAUAUAUCAAACGAGGUAUUCACCUUCAUCUUUCUGUUGGAAAUGAUCCUGAAACUAAUCGCGCUUGGAUUUCUGGGAUACAUAAGGGUGGCGUGGAACAUAUUUGACGGGAUCGUUGUAAUUAUUAGCAUUGUCGACUUCAUCGUCAACAAGUUCGUGCCCGACGCUGGCGGUACGGGCAUUAGCGUGCUACGCACUUUCCGACUGUUACGCGUUCUGAAACUGGCCAAAUCCUGGAGCACCAUGAACAGCCUCCUAGCCACCAUCGGGAAAAGUCUUGGGGCCCUCGGUAACCUGACCGUUAUCCUGGCCAUCAUCGUUUAUAUCUUUGCCGUGAUGGGCAUGCAACUCCUCGGCAACUCCUAUACUCCGGACAAGUUCGGCGGCAGCAUCCCGCGGUGGAAUUUCAAAGACUUUCCUCAUUCCUUUAUGAUGAUUUUCCGCGUUUUAUGCGGAGAGUGGAUUGAGCCCCUGUGGGACUGUAUGCUUGCUACAGGGCCCGUCGCCAUGCUUCUAUUCGUGCCGGCGUUUAUUCUGGGAAAUUUCAUAAUUUUAAAUCUAUUUUUAGCGCUUCUUCUAAGUUCUUUUGCAAGCGAAUCCGGGACCCAACCAAAGAAGAAGAAAAGAAAAAGUUUUCUUAGCAGAAUGAAGAACAUUAUGAUCUUGAUGAGACUCAAUAAACGUACACAAGUUGAACCCACCAAGGGGGAGGGGGAGGUGAUUGGCGAGAAUGUCAGCACGGGAGGGGAGGCAGAGGAGGAAGGCGUAGAGCAAGCCUCCUCACUUGAGCUCCAGCCAAGUGGGAGUACCAAGAAAGCAGUAUGUUGUUGCGUGAUAGACCCGACGGACUAUCCCGUCGAACCUUGCUUCCCUACAUCUUGGUGCGUCUGUAGACUCGCGUGCAUGGACAGCGGUUUCUGUGCCGUGUGGAAGGUCAUGCGCUAUAAGGUCAGGAGGCUUGUCGAGCAUAAAGUCUUCGAAGGAAUAAUUCUCUUCUUGAUUGCUGCGAGCAGCAUUUCCUUGGCAUUUGAGGAUGUCUAUCUGGAUUCCAAGCCCACCUUGAAGCAGGUCCUGCAAAUACUGAAUAUCCUCUUUGCCGUGAUCUUUACCGUGGAGAUGCUUCUUAAAUGGAUAGGCCUUGGAUUCAAAACGUACUUCACCAAUCCAUGGAACAUUCUUGAUUUCGUCAUUGUUAUCGUCUCCUUGGCAACAAUAUUUGGUAAUGACCAAAUUGCGUUUAUCCGUUCCCUGCGUACUUUGCGCGCCUUCAGACCCCUACGAGCAAUAUCGCGAUUCGAAGGAAUGAAGGUUGUAAUCACCUCCCUUCUCCACGCGAUUCCUGGUAUUGGUAACGUGCUCCUCGUCUGCCUAAUGUUCUGGCUCAUCUUCAGCAUCAUGGGCGUCCAGAUAUUUGGCGGGAAGUUCGGCAAGUGUGUUGACGAGGGCGGGGAGAAGUAUUCAGCUAGUGUGGUUCCUAACAAGACAGUGUGUCUCAGUAAUGGCUAUCGGUGGGAAAAUUCGAACAUUAACUUUGACACUGUGGACCAAGGUUUUCUCGCGCUUCUACAAGUGGCGACGUUCGAGGGUUGGAUGGAGAUCAUGGAGGAUGCUGUAGAUGCCACCAAGAUUGACGAGCAGCCCAUCGAAGAGAACAAUGUGUCUGCGUAUUUAUUUUUCGUUGUCUUCAUCAUCCUCGGAACAUUCUUCACCCUCAACCUGUUCAUUGGUGUCAUCAUCGACAACUUCAACCAGCUCAAACAGCAGAUGGAGGCAGUUGGCUCGAUGGACGUGUUUCUCACUUCCACUCAGAGGAACUGGAUGAACGCCCUUAAGAGUGCGGCCACGAAGAAACCAAAAAAGAGAAUACGCAGACCACAGAACAAGUUCCAGGGCGAGCUGUACGACAUGGUCCAAUCGCGGAAGUUUGAAGUUUUCAUCAUGUUGUUCAUCACCAUCAACAUGGUGGUUAUGAUGGUUCAGCAUUACGAUCAGUCCAAGGAAGUCUACGACACAUUAGAAAUCCUCAAUUUGAUAUUCACCAGUGUGUUCAUCUUAGAGGCGAUUCUGCGCAUCAUUGCGCUCAGGAAGGGCUAUUUCCUCAACCCCUGGAAUGUGUUUGACUUUGUCAUCGUCAUCUCGUCUAUAAUCGGAAUCAUUGUUGAGAACCUUCAGACAUCUCUCGUCAUCAACCCAAGCCUCCUUCGCGUUGUCCGCGUGUUUCGCGUGGGUCGACUUCUGCGAUUCUUCGAGGCUGCGCGAGGAAUCCGUCGCCUGCUCUUCUCUCUCGUCAUCUCCACCCCUGCGCUCUUCAACAUUGGCGCUCUUCUCUUUCUUAUUAUCUUCAUCUAUGCUAUCAUCGGAAUGUCCAUAUUUGGCCAUGUCAAGAAAACGGAAGCCCUUAACGACGUGGUAAACUUCGAGACGUUCGGCUCUAGUUUUGUACUGUUGUUUCGCCUGAUGACGUCUGCGGGAUGGAAUGAUAUUCUUGAUCCUCUGAUGAUUUCUGAACCAGACUGCGAUCCAAACUACAGGGGACUUCCUAGCGGCAACUGCGGCAACAAAUACAUGGCACCUAUAUACCUGGGCUCGUUCGUAGUUAUAAUAUUUUUGAUUCUCAUCAACAUGUACAUAGCAGUGAUUUUGGAGAACUAUAAUCAGGUCAUGGAACAAGAGAAAAUUGGGAUCACUAACGAGGAUAUAGAAUUAUUCUAUCAGAUGUGGGAAUUAUUUGAUCCAAACGCGACGCAAUAUAUCCCGUAUGCUGACCUCUCUGACUUCGUGCAUCAAAUGGAGGGAAACCUGCGGAUUCCCAAGCCUAACAAAGCCGCAUGCGCGUUACUGAACAUACCACUGGUAAAAGGAGAUAAGAUUCAUUGUCUUGAUUUACUCCAGGCUCUUGUGAAGAGAAUUGUAUCGGGCUUUGAGGAUGUUGAUUCGGAAGGGUUUAAGAUUGUGAUGCAGCGAAUGGAGGAACGUUUCCAGGCAGCGUUUCCGUCAAGGACUGGUCAUAAGUCAACCAUAACAACUAUGGAAAUAAAAAGACAUCAAGAGGCAGCAAAGGUCAUCGUGCGCGCAAUUAGAGGAUACCGCGAGAGGAAACUUUUAAGCGCGUUGCACACGCAUCUUCUCACGGAAACAGGGCGUGUUAAUAAGAGCUUUAUUGGAAGCUUAAGAGAACUACAGGAACGAGAAUCGCGAUGUCAAAGUGAGAUCAGCAUAUUAACAAAUCGCACUGAGACAAACCCACAGGCGACAGACGAGUCCCCAGGGGACCCUACUGGAAAGGAAACAGUAGUUGUUCCGAUUGGAACUGAAGCAAGCGCGCCAUCUCCUUCUGUUGAAACUCCAAGACCAGAGUCACGCAAGCAAAGCGUGACGUUAUCGGAUUCACGCAAACAAAGCGUCACGUUAUCGGAUUCACGAAGACAAAGCGUUACAACGCCGAACAUGAGGUCAUCAAAAGUGACGUCACCUCAAUUAACAGACAAUAAAAAGAUAGCCUGGCAAGAGGACUCUCCGAAGAAGACCGCUGCACUGGAGACUGUGGAAGAUGGAAACGAGGACCUGGGUACUAGUGAGUCAAAUACGACCGUGAAAGGCAAGGAAACUAAGAAGCAGAAUGGUAGAUAGCGUUUUUUCGCGUAUAGCACGUGUGAUGAGCGAUCUCUGCAAAAGAAAUAAGGGGGAAAUUGCAAAACUUAUGCUAUUUUCGUUCACUUGCAGAACGUUGCCUUUGCCUCAGCCAUGUGUUUCUUGUUUUUUUAUCAGUAUUGACAAUUAUUCGAUAACGGGAUAUAAUUUAUUGAAAGGAAUAAUUGAAAGGAAAGGCAAAGUGAGAAGCUAUUUACUCGGGUAUAACUUUAUUUGACGAAUCAAAACGUUUUUUAGAGUCAUUCUGAUAUGGAUCAUUGUCAGAUUGUGUAAAAAAGGAGGAACUGAUGCAUUGCCUUUUCAAUAUAUUUAUUUUUUUAAUGAUCUUAUAACUUCUGUGCUUUUAGGAGAGGAAAUAUUCAAAGUCAGUACAUCUUGUGUAAUGAGAAGAAUUUGCAGAUGUUCAUAUUUUUAAGUAAAUGUAGAUAAUAACGUUCAGAUAUCAUAUUAGUGAAAUACGUUUUCGUACGAGCACAGGUUUUAUAUAAAUACAUUUAUUAAUUUAUCA